GUCUGUGUGGGUUCCAUGUUGGCUUAUUUUUGGAUUCACUAAGAAAGUGAGUGAACUUGUUAAAGGUUGACGCUGGACUUUCCUGCUCGUGCUUCAAUGCUGCUUUUCCAGCGUGUUAUAUUGGAUGCAUUAUAAGGAAAUGUCCUUUCUUACUCUCCUGACCUACCUCUACUGAUGUUCAGAAGAUACUCUUCUCAGUACAUCUUCUGUAAUCUGUAAUCGUUUAUUUUUUCCAUGAUGAUUCACUUAGCGGUUUUGUAUCUGUCAUCCAAGCCACCAUUAUUCCUCAGCAUUUUUUUCAAGAGAAGGAUAAUUGGCACUUGUUCCUGCUAAAGACGUUGUAUGUCUAGUUUCUGGUCCCAUUCUGGACAUUUUAAUUGUUUUUCUUUCAAUUUCUAACUAGCCAUUUCCUCUGUUUUUGCUCUACUCUUAAUCUUGAAUUGAAGAAAAGCCCAAAUCGAGUUAGACCACAGACUGGACCCUGCUCAGCUUCCUUGGUAGUUUUAUAUUUUCUCAAAAUGUGGUCAACGUUUUUUGUGACUGACGAGGAGGGCCGCACUGUAGGCCCAGGGACCCCCGGAGUGGCUGGUGGGCCUGUACCAGGAGGACCAGCCCAGGGUGCAGGGGGUCUGGCCAGCCUGAUGAGUGGACGCAGUACAUUUGGUGGGAACAAGCGCCGCAGGACAACUUCAACAGGACAUGCCAUGAGUGAGGCCCAGGAGGGAAAGAUCAAAUUAGCAUUCUUUGUCGCCAUUGUUGGUGUAGUCCUGACAGUCCUUGGGGUCGGGACUGAGUUCUGGGUGGAGCUGGCACCACCGAAGAGUUUCUAUAACAAUCAGACUUGUCUGACAGCCCACUAUGGCCUGUGGAAGGGCUGCACCAAGACCCUGUGGGUGUCUGACAUUGACCCAGAGAGAGAGAGCUGCGGACCUGCUGAACUGGCCGGAGAAUCAAACUGCACGUACUUCAAGUUUUUUACUACAGGGGAAAAUGCUGUGAUGUUUCAGAAGACGACACAGAAAAAUCUGAAUGUGGCAGCAGCAAUGCUGGCCCUAUUCAGCCUGUUUCUGAUGGUGAUGGGUGCCAUCUGCAUCACUAUGGCUCUCAGUAAGGAGAUCCUGUUUUUCCUUAAACCAGCAUCUGUAUGCUUCAUUCUGUCAGGUGUUCUGGUGCUCCUGUCCCUCUUGGUUUUCCACCAGUCUGUUUUGGCUUUUCUUGCCAGCAAUCACACAGUUCCUCUCCACCAUGAGCUCUCCUGGUCAGUAUCGUGUAUUGGCUGUGCGGGGGCUGUCCUCAUUGUGGGCGGGAUCCUCUUCCUGCUGUUGGCGUUGCCCUACAGCCCCUGGCAGAAGUGCCUCCCUCACAAGGACAGCAGUAGCUAGUGGACUGGAGGUGAUGGUGCAUUUUUUCUGCCCCUCUUGUAAGGGGGAGGGUGCAGAGAAGUGAGGAGGUUUCCCAGAGAUGUCUUACCAAAGAGAUUGCUUUUUCUGUCGACUUAGAGCAAUUUUGUUAAAAGAGUCGCUGGUUUUACUAGUGCUUUAGUUACUGCAUUUACCAAAAUAUCCCAUUAUCGUAUCCUAAUUUAGUAAAAAAUAGCUUUAAUUUCUUUCUGUUGCACAACAAGCCAUUCAUUUACAAAGAAUGUGGUGAUCUUAUUGCUCAAAUGUGUGUGGGAAACACUUCUGUAUUGUCUUACUAAUGAUCAUGCAGGCUUUAGAGGCUAUUGUUGUUAAUAAUUCAAAAAUGAUAAAAAAAAAUAAAAGAUGAAAUUUUGCUCCUUCCAACUUUUUUUUUUAAUAUUCAUGAUUUUCAUCCCUAUACUUAAAAUCUGCCACCUUCAAUUUUUAUGAUGCACGACACAUAUUAAAAUGCUUUCCAGUUAAUUUCUCUCUCCGUAUUUAUUAUUCACACAGCUAAUUCACCCAUUAGCUAAUAAGCUUUUAAAAUGACUUUUGUUCUGUGUGUUUACUCUGAGAAAGGUUCUGCUCAUAGAUGCACAAUUGCACAAGCCGAGAGCAUUCAGCAGUUAAAUGUUGUGUUAAUGUCACUCUUGUUUUGCCCCAAAUACAUUUACUGUGGCUACGCUUUGAUAGCUUUCUCAUUUUGUUUUAAAAAGCUGCCUUUCUGCUCAGGUAACGAUACGACCACACCAUCAUCAGAACUGUGUGCUGACUGCCAAUUUGAGAAAGUCAUAAAGUUUAUUUUUAGUGAUGUGUGAAAAAAACCCUGAUUGCCUUUCCUCCUGCAGAGCUGCUUUAUGAUUGCUGUAUGAUUAUUUUUGUUGAUCAUUUGUGUAUAUUGAGAUUAUUUAGAAUUACCUGCAUAACCAUGAAAAUUACAAUUAUUUGCAUUUAAUUCAAAACAAAAACACUUUUGUAAACUUAAAAAGAAAAGGCUGCUAAAUUAUGUAUUUACUAAUUCCAAACUUAUCAGUAAAGUAUAAUUGGUACUGGGACAGGCUGUAUCCCUCUGAAUUGGAUAAGCAGAAGAAAAUGGAUGGAACAUGCUUUUAAAAAUGGUUUUCAGUUUUAUUUUUUAAAUGCCAAAAAGGGAUCAUGUUGCGGGUUAGCCAUGAAGCUUCUGCAGCUGAUAUGAUGCAAUAUCGCUAUUGCUACUUGGUUCACUGGAAAACAUUACAAUUUCUGCAGUAAUCAGAAAUGGAAAUUAUAGUAAGAUCAAAGCUUGUUUGAGUAUAUUUUCAAGGUCAUAUAUGAACCUACAUAACUUUCCAUAUAUAUAGCUGAUAAAAUAAAUGAUCACCAUUCACUAUAUUCAAUGUAUAAAUAUAACUUCAAGGAGACAGGUCCAUCCUGUUGUACUAUUGUACCAGUACAAAUACAUUACAAUAAUAUAUAUAUUUAUAUAUAUUUGGCUGUUAUAAAUGUAGCGUAACACUCCUGUCUUGUCAUCUUCAUCACAUGCAGAUACAACAACACUGUAAGAACAGUAUUGGUUUGACAUUUUAAAUGUAAGUGCAGUGGGGACUACACAGCUGCACUGUGUUAAAUCAGCUGCCAGGUUUUUACCUUCAAGGUUUUUCUCGGAUGAUUUGUGUUAAAACAAAGUGCUUCUCUGCCUGAACGGAGGGUGAACUGUCGCUGCAACUUUUUUGAACUGAAUCGACUGAGUAUGAACGAGUUCAUUUUAUUAUUAAACAUCACAUGAAUAUUUAAUGUCGUCCUCUAUCAGGUUCCAUUUCUCUCCUAUUCUGCACUCUCAACACGCUCUUGGCUUACAGUCGCUGCCUCCACAAUCGCUGCUUUUAUGAACUGUCCCACUUUACACCUCAUGACUGAACUGACUGUUAACUAUUUCUUGUUUUUGAUUUAUGUAUGUUUUGUUUUUGCUUUGCUUUACUUUUGUUUCAUAUGUUGUUUGUUUAAUUUAAGACUAAAAGAAAAUUAAAUGAAUGAGAGGUAAAACUUGAGGGGGUAGGGACAAAUAAGUAAAUACUUCUGCCUACUCCUUUUCAAACAAAUAAUGGAAUGAUAUUUGGAAAUGAUUGUGA